AGAUGAAGGACAACAGCUUGAGCCGAAUUUUGAUCAUUAUCUUAAGCGUUGUGGUUUUUCUAGUUGUUGUGGUCCUAAAUGCGUUGGCAGGAUCAGCUAUAAGUCCCUUCCUCAGCAGUGCAGCUAAUGUGUCGGCCCGCUAUGAGACAGACAUCACUCCAGCUGGUUGGACCUUCUCCAUCUGGAGUGUUAUCUAUAUUUGGCUGAGUCUGAUGCUUAUUUACAUCACUUCAUUUGUUUUCAGAGGAUCCUGGGCUCAGUCUCUGCUACCCUAUGGCUUCUACCUGUCCUGGCUGUGCAGCAUGCUGCUGAACAUAACAUGGAUUUUCCUGUGGGAUAGGGAGUUGAUGGUGGGAGCUCUGGUUGUGUUGAUCCUGAUUGCAUUUUCCAACUACAGCGCUUUGUUCUUCUGCUGCUACGCCACAGAUUAUUAUGGACUGUGGCUGCAGACACAUCAUCGCAAAGACCUGGCCUGUCUCAGAAUACUGGUCCAGAAUGGUUUGACUGUUUACACCACGUGGACUUCGGUCGCCUCUCUCAUCAAUUUUGCCGUAGUUCUGGAAUUGUGGGGUGUCGACAGGAGCACAGCAGCAACCGUCUCUUUGUCCCUUGUUCUGGCAGAUGUGGUGGGAUGGUUCAUUCUGGAGACCUGGGUUCUGGACCGAUGGGUGCGGAACAUCUUGACGGUGUACCCGGUGUUGAUCGUGGCUCUGGUUGGAAAUGUCGACAGACAUUUUAACCCAGAUGAUCCCACUACAAACUCUGUGUUUACAGUGGUGCUGCUGGUGUUGGCGUGCCUCCUGUUUGUUUCCAGAGUCUGUACAGUCAUAUGGAAGAACCAGCGGCGGCCCCUCCACUCCCCUGAUUUAGACAAACAGAUGGUGUCGCCCCUCGACGGCAGCAAAUCUAAGAUUUUUCGCUGAGAGGAACUUUAAAGCUUUAAAAUGGCUGCAGGGUUUAAACUCAGACCAAACAAAGUCCUAAUUUUCUGUUUGCUUGUGACUUUCUGUGCAGAAAUACUUUCUUUAACAAACAUUCCAAAUAUUUGCCUUUUAUUAAAACAUGCAUAUUACUUUAGAA